AUGCUCUUGGUUCGUGCCAGGCGGCUCACCAGGAGGCAUCGGGUUGUCACUGCCAUUUGUCUCGCUGUCCUGGUGGUGGUUGUUUUCCUCUUGACCUUGAGCGUCGAGUGGAACGCGGAGUCUCUGGCGUCGAUCAUCACUGUGAAAACGCCCGAUGACUCGUGCAAAUGGCUACCUUCAGUGUUCUGCAAUUGGCGGAAAGGGCUGUUGCCGGUGUCUGAUGAUAAACCUUUCAAGGCGAAGACACCACCGACUUCAACGUCAUCGUCAUCGGACCUCCCUGGAAAUCCACUGGCGUCGCCCUUGCCACCAUCCUACAAGGAAAAACUCGACGCUAUUCGCUCAUAUUACUCUGCAUCCAAGGCAGCAAGAAAGAAGUUGGACAUGGGACGCAAGUUUUACGACGACAUCAUGAACACCAUUAGAACUGCUAAGCCUGCUAGCGAUCUCAAGCAAAAUUAUCCCAACGGCAAGAUGACGCCAGAUAGAUACGAAUUACGUGACGAAAGGCUUCUAACGUACUCGAAAACGUACUUGUCCAAAUAUUUGAAGUUGAGCAAGAAGGAGUUCGAUGACCUAAAAGCCUCUCAUGACUUCGUCUUGGAUAAGUUACCGGAAAAAGCUCCAACAGGCUUAUACUCUGGUGAUGGUAUUGUUUACGUCGGUGGGGGGAAGUUCAACUGGUUGACAUUGCUUUCCGUUCGUGCUUUGCGUGCUGAAGGUUGUGAGCUUCCGGUGGAGAUUUUGAUCCCUACUAUGGAAGAGUACGAGUUGGAACUCUGCUCAAGGAUCUUCCCUGCCAUGAAUGCUCGCUGUAUCUACCUCCCAAUGCAAUUCAAGGGCGAGCAACUGUCCGCAACAAAACUUGAGUUCAGCGGAUAUCAGUACAAGUGUCUUGCGAUCUUGCUUUCAAGUUUCGAGAACGUGUUGCUUCUAGAUAGUGAUAAUGUCGCCGCUUAUGCUCCAGACCAUUUAUUCAAGCACGAGCCAUUUCUUUCUAAAGGGCUUAUCGUGUGGCCCGAUUUUUGGAAAAGGUCGACAUCCCCAGACUACUUCAAGAUCGCCAAUAUUCAGCUCAGUCAAAGUGAACUAUAUCCAAAAUAUGACGAGAAAUACGGUGAGUAUCGACCACAGGAAUAUGAACUACCCUUGGACCUCGAUAAGAUUCCACUACACGAUAGAGUAGGGGCAAUGCCUGAUCCGUCCUCAGAAUCAGGGCAGCUCAUGAUUUCCAAAAGAACACACAUGAAGCAGCUCCUCCUUGCACUCUAUUAUAAUUACUACGGACCAACGCAUUACUAUCCACUUUUUUCACAGGGUGCCGCCGGUGAGGGAGACAAGGAAACUUUUCUUGCUGCAACCAUCGUCACUAAAAAAAGUUUUUAUCAGGUUGGAAAAUUCUUGGAUGCUUUGGGUAACUUACGUGACGGGAAUUUUAAUGGUAAUGGGAUGGGUCAAUUCGAUCCAGUGCAGGAUUACAAAUGGCAGCAAGAGAAAGAAAAGCUCCGUGCUAAACUCAAGGGCAAUGAAUACUUUGAAGCUGUUGACAAGCUUAGAAAACCAAAGAUGUUAUUUGUCCACGCCAACUACCCUAAACUCAAUCCUUGGAUCAUGAAAAAUGAACUCGACACAAUUGACAAAGAUGGCAAGAGAUACAGGCUAUACGGUCUUGGUAUGAAAGUGAGAACAGGCCAGGACUUUGAAGCUAUGGUCUGGGACCAUAUGGAUACCCUUUUAUGUGACCUCAAUCUUAACGUCGAAGCAUUCAAAAACGUUGACCGCAAGGCUCUUUGCACAGAAAUCAAAGAACAUAAAGAAUUUCUCAAGACAACAGAGUACACUCUUGAAUAG